CGGAAAAGACACAACUCAAGUAACUUAACCUAUCUUUCCGAUGAUCAAUUUUCCUUACAACGUACCAUUGAUGUCGUCGAUCAUGCCGAGUCAAAAUGUACCGGUGCAGACAAGCCAGAAUUUUCAGCCAUUCCAACAGCCACAAAUGGUCACGCAACAAAUGCAAACUACUCCCUCCAUUGUUCAUCCGACAAAUGCACAAGAUCCGUUCAAACCACCGUUUUACCAACUCCACCAAGCGGAUAUGUUCGUGGCGAAUCAGAAUCAGUAUCUACCCAACAUACACACCUCAAGGAACCCGUACCCACCGACGUUUCAAACAUACCCCAACGUACCAUCUACCGUCCAAACACAGCCAAACUACGGUGCUCUUCCUCAAAACGUCCUCGACCAGAUUCGCAACUGCGUCAGUAGCACGGCUCCCAUAUUUAUUCUGCCUGGCGGUUGUCAUCAGCAAACCGGUCUAACGAGUCAAGGAGGCGUAGCACAGCAGACAGGACAGCCGACAAACGUCACUCUCCCUGCAUCAAUCCAAUGUCCACCCUCGUUCUACCCCUAUCCGAUUCCCAUGCCGAUGUUUGAUCCAUUUGGACCUCAAACCCAAGGUAAGAUCAGCUCUCGUGGUUGCUCGUGCUGUCAGAGAAGACAGGACAGUUUGGACAGAAAGAGCUAUCCAGUCGGGUGCUGUUGCAACAUCCAUGAACAGGAAGAACAUCAAUGCACAGCUACCAGGGACGAUACCAUUUGUUCAAAGAGAAACUGCCCAGCUUCCAUAAGUCUUCAGGCACUGGCGUCGCAAUUUCUGUCCUUGCCAGGAAUCAUAUCUUGCGCCGCCACUCGUUUGAUCCUGAGAAAAAUACCUGGGUCUAAUAUUACCUCUGCCAUGGAGGAUACGAUGGACAAAGCUCAGAAGUCUAUUGCUGCACUUAAUAAGAAACAGUUACUAGUCGAGUCGAGAAAUGCUCAGCAGGUGAACGCGUUGAUUAAUCUUCAUAUGACCACUAACCCACCGGCCAACAUUAUUCCUUUGAUUACGUUGCUGCAACUGAAGGUGAAUACCCUGAAGGCGCAGGUCGAGAGUCUGAUCAACAAGAAAGUGAUGGAGUGUCAGGGAUACGGGUUUGAGGUGGAAACCAGCGGCCCCAUAGAUCCAACCAUACUCUCCAUGAAAACGAACGAGGAGCUUCGACAACUGCUCACCGCUCUGCGACAGAAAGAGACAGACGAACAUGUGAACAUGAACUUCUCGCCUUACUAUUCUCAAAAAGUAAUCGCUGAGUCGCGCCUGAACAAUGUCCAGGCGAAGAUCCGUCAAGUGGAGCUCGAAUUCGACAGAAGAAGAGGUGUCCCGAUACCUAUCUCCACUCUCUCAUCUGCAAUCGUCCAGCAAUUUUCCGAAGCCAGAUGCACCUUUGACUUCGCUCAGACGAGACUAUUCGAGCCAUACGUGCAAGGAAGAACGUUGGACUCACCAGAUCCGUUCGAACAGAGCAUACGUAAUACUAGACGGCUCUACUUGAAGCCGCGCGAGCCUGAGAGAGGUACAAUGCAUCGGGAGGGAGAGGCUAAAGCCAUCUGUACGUCAGAAAACGGAACGUCGACGUGUAAAGACACGGGGACGGGGGAGGGCGCUGUCGUGGGUUCGAAAGAGAAAGCGGUUGAAUCCAAGUCGAGCGUGGAUACUUGUAGCUGCGAGGAAAGCUCUUCGGAGGAGAGUCUUAAUGGAGAUAAAAAAAAACUUCGAUUAAAAAUCGAUGAGAAGGGAAAGGUGACAAUAACUAGCGUAGAUAGUUUGAAGGAUGUAUCACUGUUGAAAUUGGCAUCACGUGUCGUUGUAGAUGUUAAAAAGCUUCCUGCAAAUGAUUUCGAGCAGCAGGUUCCUGCGAGAAAGAAAUACGCAGAAGAAAUGGAUAAGAAACUGAAAGACGAAAGACUGGGUGAUUCUGAAGUAGAAUUAGUGGAUGUUAGAAAGACAGAUACAAAGAAUACAAAUUUUGAAAGGAUCGUCAUUAACAACGAUAAUAUUGAAAGUGAUGCAAAUACUGAAAAGAAGAUACAACCCACGAGUAUAAAAACUAAAACGAUUUCAGAUGAUGUAGGCAUCUCGAUUAAGAAAGAACCUGAAAGUGGAGAAAGUAAGUUAACUACCGAUUAUAAGGAUAUUUCCAUUAUUACUGAACCUGAAAGCGUUCUUAAUGGAGUAAGUACUGCUUAUAAAGACAUAUCCGUCAAGAAAGAACCUGAAACUAUAAAAGAUGAAGUAACUCAUACAGAUAUUCCUAUUAAAAUAGAGCCACAAGAAAAUGGUAAAAAUGGUUUGAAGCUUGGAUACCAUAAAACGACGAAAUUCAUACAAAUAGAACAACCAACGGAGGUCACAGAACUUUAUAUCGAGCCAAAAAUAAAAACGAAACAGGCAAGACAAUCCUCCGGUUCUAAAGAGCCAGGAGACGAUGAUAAUAAUACUGGAGAAGCUUCGUUCGCCACAACGCCAACGGCCCAAAGAAAAAAAUCGAAAGAGGAACUAAAAACUCCUGAUAAAAUAUUAUUAAGAGGAAAGGAAAUCAUGGGGAACCUUGAAGACACCGAGUUCAGAGAUGGUAAAUUUCCACCUGAUGAAACUGGAGAGUCAAAAGAGAAACCAAUCAUCGAGGAUGUCACGGUAAAUCUACCAAGUGCAAAUGAAGCGAGCCAAAUGCCUGGAAAUUCUUUUGAUUUGUACAGAAGCUCCUUUAAGGCGAAGCUGACGAAGUCAAAGGAACAGCUAAAGAACAGUGAUUUUGUAUCGAAUGAAAACGGGACUAGCCCUGUAGGCAGUGAAUCACGAAAACAAGAUAAGAACGGCAAAUAUUUACAAAUUGUAUCCAUGAUGACUCAUGUUAAAUAUGACAACCGUUUCGAUAGUUUUUGGAAAUGCAAUAUUAACCAGAGUACAGUUGAAAAGAAGAAAGAUGAAUGUAGAAGAAAUAUUAAAAAUAUCUCUUUAAAGGAUACCAGUAAUGAGGAGGUUAACGAGGAUGAUGUAUAUUUUCUUUUAAAUGAAGAAAAUUCUUCGACGACAUCUGGUAAUCAACGACAUAAGCAAUUAUCGAUGAUCCCCGUUGGUACUGAAAUAGACGAUGAAAUCCAAAGAAAUGCAUUUUUGGAAAAAAUGUUUCCAAAAAAUUGUCGAAACAAUGGCGAGAAGAUGAUAAAUGGACUGAGACGUUUUCCACCGUUGAAGCACACAUAUCCGAAGAUAGCAGAAACAACAACCAAUAUCUCAGAAGAUAUAUUCCAUCGAAAAGGGAUUGAAUCCAGCUCUACCAAGAUAGUUUGCGAUAGAAGUAGCUCUUACCACCGUGAAUCGAAAGUGGGAAAUAACACUGCCUCUGCGAUAUAUUCAACAAUCGAAAAUCAGCUUAUUUCUUUCAACUCGUUGCUGAGUAACAUACCAAACCUCCAAGACAUUCUAUCGAAUCUACACUUCAACAAAUUGUCAAAUAACAUUUGCGGAGAAAAUACUCGACAUACACAACGAUGGAUAGUUAACGAUAUCAGAAAUAAAGAUGUAAAAUCACAGAAAAAAGAUUGCACUUUACUUCCCUCGAAUACGAAUGCUUUUGACGAUAGCGAGUAUGGCAUUUCUGGCGGAUAUCGCGUUUCCGUAAGCGAACAGUGCAGCCACGUACAUGAAAUGAAACACUCAAUAAUCGUUGACGAAGAAAAAAAAAAUUACUUGUUGAUUAGAGGAUCGGUUAGUGACCAAUUGCAGGAACUAUCGAGAAACGGUUUCAAACGUCCUUGCUAUACUCGUAGAAGUUUAGUGAUAAGAAGUCGAUUAAAAAAUACUGAAAAUUCGAAACAGGAAUGUUUACAUCCGUUUACUAUAAUUAAACGACUGAGGAAAAACAAGAUAGUUACGCCUCAAGCACCAACACGAAUUGAGCAUCAUUUGAAGGUUAGAGAAAGAUUUUUAACUUUACCUCGAAUUCCAGAAGACGUGGAAAUGUUAGACCAUGGCAAUCACACCAAUGAUUAUAUAAUAAUAUCUGAAAAUGCGAUAACACAGCAAAGUAGUGAACAGAAUACAGAUGACAUUAAUAACUGCUCUGCUGCUCCUAUUGAUCACUCGUCGUCUGUCAUUGAUCGUGUAAUGAACGAUAAUCCCAGUGACUUGGAAAUAAAUAAACAGAUACACCCGUGCAUUAUAAACUAUAGUUUGUCCAAGAUCAAUUGGUUGAUCAAGAAGAAAGAAACCCUUCACCAUAACCUGUAA